AUGGAAGGGUUCAGACGAAAACCCAUGUUUAUCUGUGCGAUAUCAAGUUCUGGACUAAAGAUACUCUAUCUUUCUACGUGGAUUUUGUUCUCCUGCUUGUCUUGCUCAGUCACAGCAUGCCCACAGUACGCAUUUCCCAACGACAAAGUUAACAAAGAGACUUACGUCCAGCUGGGAGAUUUGAACGUUGGUUCCAUCAUGUCUCUAAGCGUGCCCCCUAGCUAUGUUGGGUGCAGUAAAAUAUUACAUCCCUUUUCGUGGGCACUCGAAUACACGGAAGCUAUAGCGUUUGCUGUGGACAAGGUUAAUGAAGACAGCGAUCUUUUACCGAACGUGACUAUGGGGUUUGUUAUUCUUGACGAUUGCACCAAACGCAACAUAGCCCUGACGCAAGCGUUGGCUUUUCUACCUCGACGGGAAUUCGAUACUUAUUCGUCCAGUAGUCAUUGUAACAAUAAUACUAAUAAUGAUAAUGGUGGUUCUGAGCCAGUCACAGGGCAAGAAUCGGGAACUGGUUCUUCAACCCCGAGCAAUGGCGAUGGGUUCCAUGGUUACGUCAUACCGAAUUACGACGUCAUCGGGCUCUUGGCUCCGAUGCUGAGCACCCAUGCUGUGCCGAUAUCUUAUCUGUAUGCCACUGCCCAGGUACCCAUAGUGUCGUACACGGCGACGAGUGACGAACUCAGCGACAAAUCCAUCCACCCGUAUUUCCUGAGGGUCGUCCCACCCGACAAGCAUCAGGUCCAAGCCAUGCUCAGCUUCAUCGCGGAAAACGCCUGGUCGUACAUCUCGGUGAUCUACUCACAGGGCCCUUACGGCGAGAGGGCCUUCGACAAUAUCAAAAGCUCUGCUUCAGACUUUGGUAUCUGCAUCGCGUUCUCGUAUCGUGUCGGUGACGCCGAAGACACGUCACUGAUAGCAGAUGAACUUCUAGCUGUGUCCCGUGCACGGGUGGUUCUGCUGUUUGCUGACAGCCUCGCUGUGAGGAAUCUGUUCUCCUCCAUCAAUGAAAGAAACGCCACCGGUGAGUUUAUUUGGAUCGGCAGUGAUUCCAUAGCCGCUACAAGCCACAGAGACUUUAUUGACCACCCGGGCAACUUUGUCGGUAUGUUCACUUUUCUGUACCAUUCGAGUUUCGUGGAAGAGUACUACGAGUACAUCAGGACUGAAGAUGUUCGCGCGUCCACAAACCCAUGGUUCGAGAGGUCUUGGGAGAACACGCUAGGCUGUUCUUUACAGAACGGUACGUGCGACACAGAUGCGGACGUCACGCAAUCGUCGAAUUUCGCCAGAAUGAGAAUCCCAUCUCUCGCGAUGGACUCAGUCUUCACGUUCGCUCAUGCAGCUCAUAAUUUGAUCGAAGACUUAUGUCCCGGCGCGGUGGGAAUGGAGGCGAGGUCGUGUGUGACUGGAGCACAUCUAAUACGUUAUCUGAAGAACGUUUCUUUUCAAGGUUACACAGGUCUUAUACAGUUUGAUGAGUUCGGUGAUGUGAAAGGGAAAUACAGCGUCAGCCAGGUAAUAAGUAUCAGUGACACCAAUUCCAACUCUUCAUCUUCAUCAACGUCAGCAUCUUCCUCCUCUUCUUCAUCAUCAUCAUCAUCAUCGGGUCAACAAAUCACAUUCCGGGACGUGGUGGUAGCCGUCUACGACAUACCCACCGCGACCAUCUCUCGCACGGAGCAGAACAUCUCUUGGCGGCACCUCCGGCCACGAGAGAGACUUGUCCCACUCUCCGAGGGCAUCACGAGAGCCGACGUGCCGGAAUCCGUGUGCAGCCGGCCUUGCAUGGCCGGGGAGUACCGCAUCCAGAAAGAGCUACCGUGCUGCUGGGAGUGUCGCUUUUGCAGGAGCAACGAGCGGCUCGUCCAGGGAAAUACCAGCUGUGAGCCUUGCCAAGAGUUCACCUGGCCUAACCCACGUACAGGGUACACCUCCUGCACGCCCAUUCCUGUCUCCUUCCCAGCUGUGACGGACACGCUGUCCAGCAUCCAGAUCAGUCUCGGGGUGGUCGCCUUCAUGAUAAGUAUCGUUGUGGCAGGGUUUUACAUCCACUAUCGCAGCACGCGAGUCAUCAAGGCGUCCAGCAAAGAACUCAGCUCGUUCCAGCUUUUGGGGAUCUUCCUUGGGUACGUCAGUAUCAUCGUAUUCCAACUGGAGCCGACGCAUGCCAAAUGCAGCUCUCUAUACUUCACGUUUUGUUUAAGUUUCGCUUUUCUGUACGCUCCGCUGCUUGUGAAGACGGUCAGAGUGUAUCGGAUCUUCGUGAGCAGUCUCAAAGACAACCGGCGGCCGCGCUUUGUCAGUCCUCACUCACAGGUGGUCAUUACUGCCUUCCUAGUGGCUCUACAGCCGACGGUGUGCACCUUCUCUUUGUCCCUGAUCCAUUCUGAAAAGAAUGGUACACAAGAAAUGUCAAGAUUAAUCUGUAAACAUAAUAUCCUAUCCUCCUUCCUCGUCUACAACCUCGUUCUCGUCACCCUCUGCUCGAUCCUGGCUUUUAAAACCCGACGUCUGCCAGACAAUUUCAACGAGUCUCGGUUCACUUCCAUGUGCGUGUCCACUACUUUGGUCAUUUGGCUGGCUUUCGUGCCCACCUACUUCACAGCUGAUCGUCAUUUCGUGCGGGUGCUACUUCUGUCUUUGGCUCUCCUGCUCAACCAUUCCGUCGCCAUCAUUUUUCUGUUCCUGCCAAAGAUCUACGCCGCGGCGUUUUUGUCGGAGGAGACGCUGUUGAACAACCGGUUCGUCACUGCAGCGACAGGACUAGGAGCGCCAUCAUCAGUGGCAGGCAGGAAUCAAGUGGCGCCAUCAGCUAGCGGCUCUGGGACAGCGAGGGAGGGAUUUUGA